AUGGGAACACUUCGUCUCGAUCAGCCAGGACUUUGGAAUGGUGCAGAGUACUGGAUAGCAUGGGUUGAUCUGGAGAACUCUGAGCGCUCCCCACGUCGUGCUCUCCAACAUUUGCAGCGAAGACAUCGUCGCGGAGCUCCAGAGAAUGCCUACGUUCCUGACACAAAGGAGAUCUUUCACGACGUUGGCGAGGAGCAAAAGGAGGAGCUGCUGCAUUACCACAGUGAGAUUGAUCAGGAGGAAAGGUCGCCACUGAGAAUCCUCAAGAACUCGCGGGUGUGUGGGAAUUGCCACUCGGCUAUCAAGUUUGUGUCCAAGAUGGUGAGACGGUCUAUAACGGUGAGAGACACCAGCCGGUUCCAUCACUGUAGCACCGGGGCAUGCUCUUGUGGAGAUUAUUGGUGA